ACUUAAGCAAGUUCCAAGUUCAACUCUCCAAAACCAUUUUCGCCAAGCAAAAUGCAUACUACUCUUACCGCAUUUGUUGAAAAGUUUCAGUAUCCGCAUUCGUACAUACCAGCGAAACUAUUUUCUUCUACCAUACUUGCUCGAGAUCGUGCGAAGUGCUCCUACCGAUUCUUGCAGCGUAAUCUCUUCCUACUCCAGUUUCUUUACUUCACCUCAGUCUCAUUUGGUGGCUUUCUAGCUCUGAAGACUCUAAAGUCAAGUAAUGAAACCAAUAGUCCGAAUGGCUUAGAUUUAUUCUUUACCGCCGUCUCUGCUUUAACUGUUUCGAGCAUGGGGACGGUCGAAAUGGAGGAUUUUUCGAACCCUCAGCUUUGGGUCUUAAUCAUUUUAAUGCUGAUCGGCGGCGAGGUCUUCACUUCGAUGAUCAGCCUACAAUUCACGAAGUUAAGACUCGCGAAAGAGAAGUCGAUCAAUAAAAGAUCCAAACCACUUUGCGCAGAUAUCGAAUCCGCCGAUUCCCUGAAUUUCGAUCAUCUGAAGCAUGAGGCUGUCGCGUCUUUGGGCUACGUCGUACUCGGCUAUCUCACACUAGUAAAUGUCAGUGGCUCUCUACUUAUCUCGCUGUAUCUCAUCCUCGUAUCGAGUGCGGGCGACAUACUGCGAAGCAAAGGCAUCGACAUCUCCACGUUCUCCAUUUUCACGGCCGUUUCCUCGUUCGGAAACUGCGGCUUCACUCCCGUGAACGAGAACAUGAUGCCGUUUAAGAACAACUCCAUGCUUCUGUUGCUGAUCAUUCCUCAAAUCCUAGCAGGGAACACUCUGUUUCCGCCGUUCUUGAGACUCGCCAUAUGGGUCAUGAAGAAGUUCACAGGAAGAGAAGGAUACAGCUACAUUCUCGAGCAUCCGAGCGCGACGGGAUACAAACAUUUGCUCCCCCAUCGGCAAUCCGUGUACUUGGCUUCGACAGUUUUGGGCUUCAUUUCGGUGCAAAGCGCAUUCUUCUGCGCCUUGGAGUGGAAUUCUGACGGACUGGCAGGAAUGAGCUGUCGUCAGAAAAUAGCAGCAGCGCUUUUUCAGUCGGUGAAUUCACGACAUGCCGGCGAAUCCGUCGUCGAUUUAUCGACCCUUUCUUCGGCAGUCCUAGUGUUGUACGUAGCCAUGAUGUACCUUCCUCCGUAUACUUCGUUUCUCCCCGUGAGCGACGACGAACAGGGUUCGGAAGAUGAAAAAGAGGAGAACAGCAAAAGCAACAGAACAGUGGACAAUUUGGUUUUCUCUCAGAUCUCUUAUUUGGUAAUCUUUGUUGUUCUAAUUUGCAUUACCGAAAAGCGCGCGAUGUCCGCGGACCCGUUGAACUUCAAUGUCUUCAACAUAGUCUUUGAAGUGAUCAGUGCGUACGGAAAUGUCGGAUACUCGUUCGGCUACAGCUGCAGAAGAUUACUGAAGCAAGAUACAUACUGCAGAGAUUUUUCGUAUGGUUUCGUCGGAAAAUGGAGCGCGAAAGGAAAAUUGAUCCUCAUUUUGGUUAUGUUUUUCGGAAGGCUUAAGAAAUUUAACAUGGAAGGAGGAAAAGCUUGGAGGCUUUGCUAGUACAUAAUUUCAGUAUCUUAAACUCCUAUCUCUAUAUAAUUGUCCCACAUUACUUUUGAAGUAUGAAACAUUUUAGUGAGUUAGGCUGGUAUACUAUCGGUAGCACGGAGCCCUCCGUGCUGCCAAGUUGUUUUCAAUGAUGUAGCUUCUAAAUCGACGAUCGGCUUCGUUAGACUUGAUCUAUACUAUUGAAAGUAUUCAGAAACUAAAUUUUAUAGUUUUUCGACAUCGUUUACUCAUCAAACGAAUGGUCUAAAACUGAAAAACUGAA